AUGCCAUGUCCUGUUCUUUUGGUCCCACGAGAGUGGUUGGGGGGGGGGUGGGGGAAAGACAACUACCCAUCUGUCCUGGAGGCUCUUGGGAAAGAACCCACAACUGUAAUAGUAUUCCUGGCCAACGCCAAAUCGUUCCUGGAAUACGUUAUCAUGUACAGACCAAAGGCCAUGCGCGUCUCCGUGCAGCGCGUCCGGCUCCUCCACCAUGAGGUGUCCAAGCUGGCCCGGGAUUUCAGCUGGCGAGUGACAGUUCACCAACAGGCUGUCAAAGCCAAGAAGCUCGACCGGCUGAUUUCCCGGGAGGACAUGACACGCUGCAUGGAGGUGUGCAGGACGCGCAUCCCCUCCCUCCUGGAUGAGGUGGAGGCUGCGUCUCUGGACAACUUUGUGCCACGGUUUCGCUUCUUUGGCUACCUGGCGGCCUACCUGGCCUCCAUAUAUGGCCACAGAUCUUGUGUCUUGUAG